ACAAAGGGGCUCCUCUGGGGAGGGUAGGGGUAGAUGAGAGUAGGACUUGGAUCUGCCUGCCAGGCCGUCCUGGGCACUGCAAGAAGCAACAUGACUUAGGUAACUCUGCCCAGAGGUCCCAGGCAUCUCCAAGGCCCUGGCCCUCUCCCCAGGUGCACCAGCCAUGAUGCAGCAGCCGCGAGUGGAGACAGAUACCAUCGGGGCUGGUGAGGGGCCACAGCAGACAGCGCCCUGGUCGGCCUGGUUCACACGGCAAGGCUGGGUGCGCUGGUUGGCAUCCCAUGUGCCCCGGAGCUGGAUUCAGUGGUGGAACACCUCGAGCUGGCAGCAACCACUGCAGCGCCUGCUGUGGGGUCUGGAGGGGAUACUGUACCUGCUGCUGGCACUGAUGCUGUGCCAUGCACUUUUCACCACUGGCUCCUACCUGCUGAGCUCCUUGUGGCCCGUCGUGGCCGCGGUGUGGCGCCAUGUGCUGCCGGCUCUCCUGCUGCUGUUGCUCAGUGCCCUGCCCGCCCUUCUCUUCAUGGCAUCCUUCCUGCUGCUCUUCUCCACGCUGCUGAGCCUUGUGGGCCUCCUCACCUCCAUGACUCACCCAGCCUACGCUCAGGACUUGGAUCAAUAGAAGGGCAACUCCAUCCUGCUGCCUGCAUCUGUUGAGCCCUGGCCUAGGGCCUGAGACCCUGCCGGGAGAGGAAGGGCAACGGGACCAGGACCCCCUGGCUUGACAGGCCCCAGACCUCCAGUCCCUAACAGGAGAACCACAGACUCUAGAGAGCGUCACAGUGACAGAAAACCUAUCAGGAAGAAGGCUGACCAGAAGCCCCAGGAAACCUCAACUCACUCGCCUUCCAGACCUUGCAACCCAUUCAUCGUCCUCCCUAGACUUCCUUCUUCCUGCCUCAGUCCACAUUCCCAAGUCUGAGAAAUGGACCAACUGGGGUCAGAUAGUACGAACUCACUCUCUAAGAGUCCCAAGGUCUGUUAUGGAAAAUGGUCAAGAAGUCCCAUUUCACCCACUUACA